GAUAGAUAUUGGGAGUAGAAAAGGUUGGGCUUUUUGGAGUUUAAUGCGCGGCUCUUCUAUAAGUUGAAGCUUUGGCUCUUUCGCCUUUCCCAUGAAUUGCUUUUAUUAUUAUUUUUUUAAAAUUUUUUCCUCAGCUUACGCUUGCAUGCAUGAAGCUCUAACGAUUACAAGCACUCAUCUUCACCCUUAGCUGCAAUGGAGGAGGUUCAAAGACAUAAACGAAAGAGGGUUUACUCAUUUGAUCCAAACACCACAUUGCGCGCAUCCUUCUUACAAAACUACCUGAAUUAUCUCUUACCAGCUCUACUCAAAAUCCAAAGCAAUAUAUCAUCCAACAGAAAUGAAGAUGAAGAGCAGGAGAAGAUGAUACGGUUCGAAGUCGACAUGGCAUUAAUAUCAUCGGCCGCUGGGUUCAGCUGGAGCCAUGCAUUAAAGCACAAGCUCCAGACUGACAUGAACGUAAAAUCUCUUUGUAACACUCCCACACACGAACCAACAUCUCUAACCCUUCAUCCCACGUGUGAACGUAACAGAAAUUGCACAGUCAGUAAAAUGAUCCGUGACCAUUCACCAUCUCCACCUUUUCUCAGCCCUUCAUUUUCCUUUGCUUCUCACAGGAACCCUAACCCUAACCCUGACCCUAAAACUUCAAGAAACAAGCCACGGCGAUCUUAUCGACCAAGAAAACAGGAGCCAAGUAAGAUUAAUAUAGGGGAGGAGGAGGGGUUGGGCGGUCGUUUAACGACUCUAAGAAGGAUUUUGCCCGGCGGCGAUGAGAUGGGAAUGCAUGAAUUGCUUUCUGAAGUGCAGAGCUACAUCAUCUGUCUUCAGUUGCAGGUGAGUGUUCUUCAAAGCCUAGUCAAUGCAGAUUAAAUUGUAUUAAGAUAGGACAUUUCUCUAAGGAAUAAGCAAUGUAAAUGACAUUUAAACGUAAAUGCGUUCUUUUUGUUAAUAACGUUUAGAUCA